AUGCGAUGGAUGUUCAUCGGUCAGAUCGGUCGAACGUUGAAAGCUGAAACCGGCGAAACCGGUGAGCGGCGAACGGGAGAGAGUCGCGGGGCGGGGCGAGAGAAAAAAAACUCGCCUUGGCCCGCGGCGGCGGCGGCGGCGGCGCCGCCGCCCGGGUUGCUGCUCCUGCCGCCGCCGUCGACCGAGCGUCGAUCGCCGGUAGCGGCACCGUUACCACCGUUACUACCACACCCAAACCCGCUGUGGUGCCGCGAGCCGUGCGCGACGCCGCCGCUGCCGACGCUGCUGUCCCCGGGGGCGUGGUGGACGCCGCCGCCGCCGGCUCUUCGCGCGGGCGGGAGCAUCGGGCCGGUCAUCCCUCGGGUGUACGCCGUUUUGAUCGCGUCGACGUCUUCCUUGGACAGCUCUGCGGGAUGGACGGAGGGGGUGGGGUACGUAGGGGGUUUAGGGUUUCGGUUUAGGGUAUCUCGGGGACGACGCGAGCUCGAGGACGCGCGGCGGCGCCCGUAG